CGUGUAAUUGUAUACUAUGCAUAAUUAACUAGAAAAAUGUUUAUGUGAACAUCAUAUCAUUUAUAUAUAAUAUAUUAUGCAAUAAGUAGAUAGGUAAUGCAAUAUUAGAUAAUUUACUAUUGAGUUAUUAUACUCGGUAUAUUAUCUCGUUAUAUACUUUUAAUUAACCUAAUUCAAUUAGAUAAUUCCUAUUUCUAAACUUCUUUAGGUGUACAAUUGAUUUUUUCAUCAUAUUUAUUAUAUAGCAUAGUUUUCGUGCUAAUUUUUAUAAUAUAUUUAAGUAAUAAGUUAUAAACAGUGAAAUAUAUCCAAGACAAAAUUAAUUGAAUUAAUAAAUUUACUCUCAAGCCAUGAGUCAUACAGAACCAACAAAAGAAAAUGGAUUACCAUUUUAUGCAAGUGGUCUAGUUGUUAAAGGAUUUGGCCGAGGAUCAAAGGAUUUGGGUAUUCCUACUGCUAAUUUUAGUCGUGAUGUAAUACAAGAUUUACCUAAAAAUAUAAGCACUGGAGUAUAUUAUGGAUGGACACAAGUUGAAAAAUCACCAGUUUACAUGAUGGUUAUGAGUAUUGGUUGGAAUCCGUUCUAUAACAAUAUAGAAAAGUCCAUGGAAAUCCAUAUUCUUAAACAAUUUGAUGAAGAUUUUUAUGGAUCUAAUUUAAAAGUUAAGGUUGUCGGUUUUAUUCGACCAGAAUUAAAUUUCAACUCCGUCGAUGAACUAGUCAAUACUAUUCAUUCUGACAUUGAAUAUGCUAAACAAAAUCUAGAUGAAAAUGAAAAAAUGGAUGAAUACUUUGAUUUAUAAUUAAAAAUUAUAAGGCAAUUAAAAUUUAUUAUUCCAUUUUAUGAAUAUAAGUACAGUUUACUCCCGAUUAUCCGUGGAAUAGGGUGGCAGGACAUCUACGGAUAAUCCGCAAAAUUAAAUUUUAUAAUAAAAACUAAAUUAGAAAUUGAAAUUGAAAAUUAUUAUUACAUAUGUAUUAUUGAAAAAGAAUGUAUAUAUGUACAUGUAUAAUGAAAAUUUAAUAAAAAAUUAUAAAUUAUUUAUGUUCAAAAAAAUCAGUCACAAGUUGUUGUUUCUUUGUUUGAAAACUUUUCUUUUUAACUUGUGAUUGAAGUUUUUUAAAUAACAUACCUAUAAUGAUUUAUAAUGGAAAGAUACAAUACGUAUAUAUUUUUUUGUAUACAUAUAGGUAUGUAGAUGAUUCCGUGGAAGACAGCGGAUAAUCGAGAGUAAACUGUAUAUGACAAAAUAUGUUCCUUUGCGUUUUAUAAAAUUGUACCAUCACAUUAUUUUGUUGAUAUGUGUAAAAUAAAAGAAUACAUAAUUA